UAUGAGAUUUAAGAGAAAAUUACAUCAGCUUGCCUCGUCCAGAAGACUAUGGAGAACUGCCACUGUUCUAUUUGCUAUUGCUUACGGCCUAAUUAUUUUUAUCAUGUGGACUAGUUUAGGAGAUAAUGAUGUGAAAAUUUCAAAAGUUCAACACUAUAAACAUGGUAGGAUCCCCAUUCCAGUAACAAAACCUCCAUGUUCGUAUAAUUUGGAAGAAAACCGGAAGCCGCAAUUUAUUUCCUUAGGCAGAGAGAUUUGGCUUUUGCAAGCCGUUUUUAACCGUUUAAAUAACGAAACUUUUAUAAGAAUACUUGCAUCUAUGCCUACAUGGAAGGAAAUGAGUCCAAUUUAUUGUUUGGUAAAGACAGAUUUUGGUAUUACAGAGGCCUUUCGUGCAGAUGUAAAAUAUUUAAAGUCAUCUAGGCAUAAGAUAAAUUCAGCCUAUCAAUUAGUUUGCAACGUAACUGGCAAAGUAACAGAUAAUCCUUGUUCAUUAAGAGUUUCGUUUGAAACUUCAAUAAACUCUAACUGGACUACAUUAAAUGUAUUAGAUUCAGUUCAGAAAGGAAAAGGUAAUAUUGGAGUUUGUUUAUCUCCUAUCUACUUUGGUGAUAUACCCGAACAUCAUCUUGUCGAGAUGUUAGAGCUACAAAUCAUGAUAUACGAUCACGUCUAUAUAUAUGAUACUUCGCACUCAACCAUAAUAAACCACUACAGAUCCCGCCCAAAUGUUACAGUAUGGGAUUGGAGUAUGCCAAAGAUAUUACAAAAUACAACUUAUCGCUUUGGUCUUCCAUUGGCCUAUGCUCACUGUUUACGAGCCGCUUCAACGAGUUUAUUAUUUUUUGCCGAUCUGGAUGAGGUAUUAGUACCAGAAAAGGAACCACUUUGGCCUACUUUACCACAUUCCAGUUCUGCCUACUGUUUGUCAACAAUAUAUAUAGAACCCGUUUACGGUGCCGUCCCAUUAACUGGUAGUUCAACCGAGUCAAGAAAAUGCUCCAGUCGUAUGAAAUGCUUUGUUAAGCCCUCAACAAUUGAAAAUAUAGAUACUUGGGGCACUCCAGAACUAUAUGAAGGGAAUAUUUUUGUAAUAACAAUGGAUGUGGCAACAGUAAAACACUACGCUCCUUGCCGAAAUCAGCAUUGUCUGAAUAAAUGUAACGAUAUACCUAUUCAGGACAGAAUUGUUGCCGAUAGAUAUGAGUCAAGGUUAAAAAAAGCUAUUCAAAGAGUGAUGCAUUCACUACACUAUAAACCAGCUGAAUAG